AUGAAACGGGCUGGGAUACAAGUGUUUAUAGAUGAUGAAGAGCUCCGUGUCGGGGAAGAGAUCGGAGGCGAGCUUCUAGGAGCAAUCUCCAAUUCAAAAAUUUACAUACCAAUUUUCUCUAAAGACUAUGCUUCUAGUAAAUGGUGCCUCCGUGAGCUCACGUACAUGAUGGAGUGUAGGAAGAGAGAUGAGAAAGCCAUCUUGCCCAUCUUCUAUGAGGUGGAAGCAUCCGAUGUUAAGCUCAAAACUGGAUCAUAUGGGAAGGCCCUACAAAAACAUGAGAGAGAUUCCGGAGAAGAUGCAGCAAAGCAAUGGGAGCAGGCCCUGAGAGAGGUCGCCCAAAUCAAAGGAUGGAACUUAAAAGAUCACGGCCAAACUAAACUUAUAGCACUUGUUGUGGAAGAAGUUUUCAAUAAGCUAAGGCCUACACAGAGAAACUGGCACGAUGACCUAGUGGGAAUUCACGAUCAAAUGGAAGCUGUUAUGGACUUGUUAGGCCAAGGCACUUAUGGUGUACGAUUUGUUGUGAUUCAUGGUAUGGGUGGUAUCGGGAAAACAACUCUUGCUAAGGCUAUCUUCAAACAUAUCUCUUCCCAAUUUCAACAUUCCAGUUUUCUUUCAGAUAUCCGUGCAAAAAAUAUUAUUGAUUUGCAAAAGAAAUUGUUAUCUGAUAUCCUCGAUAUCAAAUAUCCCAUAAUUUUUUAUUCUGAUAAGGGGAUGGACAUGAUUAAAGAAAGACUAUGGGACAUGAAAGUCAUCAUUGUCCUUGAUGACAUGGACAAGAGAGAGCAGCUCAUCAAAUUAGCUGGUAAAUCUAGUUGGUUUGGUUCAGGAAGCCGGAUUAUUAUCACAACUAGGAACACCUAUUUUUUGGAUCCUGAAACCAAUUCCUUAGAUGACAGUGUCAUCCCAAUGCGUCAUCAAGAUUUCUUUUUCUAUGAAAUGAAGGAAAUGCAAUUUGACCAUGCUCUUCAACUUUUUAGCAAGCACUCCUUCGAAAGAGACUCACCAAUACAUGAUUACAGCAGUAUUUCAAGUGAAAUUGUCAAAACUACUGGAGGACUACCUUUGGCUCUUGAGGUUAUAGGUUCAUUACUCCAUUCAAAAAGCAAGAUAACAUGGAAAGACACAUUGAAAAAGUUGAAGAAAGUGCCGAAUCAAGAUGUCCAGAAAAAGUUGUUGAUAAGUUAUGAAGAGUUAGAGUAUUAUGGAUGCACGACCAACUUAGAGAUCUUGGAAGAGAGAUUGUUCGGCAAGAAUGCUUUCAAUUUCCUGGAGAGCGUAGCAGGUUGUGGUGUCCUAUAG